GUUGCAUCGUGUUUUGCGACUGCGUCGAGGGAGCGUGGAUCCUCCGCGGAUCCAAGUUUCGCUUCAGUUUACCGCGCGCUCUCGAUUUCGCCGAAUUGAUGCCUGCUGGCACCCGGGUCCAUCGACGACGCUCCUCGCCCGUACCGAAUUAGGCUAAAUGUCCGCCGGUGGAUCAUCGUUGAUCCUCGGUAGUCCACGGAGAAACGGGUCGAAAUAGCCGAGGAAUCGCGAUUGUUUCUCUCCGUCGCGUUGCUCCGAUAGGAUCAAUGGCUGUCAGCGAUCCAGUGCUCGCUCGUUUGCUCGGGAGCUUGGAAAAGGAUCGAGCGUGCGAUCGGUAGCUCGAGGACUCUCGCGAUCGAAGAGAAAUAUUCCGGAUAAUCGGGAAAGUUUGGUGUAUCCUGGUGCGAUUGGAUCGCGCGCGCGAUUUUAAGGAUCGCGAGUGAAUGGCGCGAGUGUGCGGCCCGCGCUGGACGAUGGAGGCCCGUUGAAACGUGAAAUCCAGCACGUGCGAAACCAUCGGGCCCCGCUGCACCAGCCUCGGGGACAUCUGGAAUCGUGGCAAGAUGGCAGUGAUCCUGAACGCAACGUCAUUCCCGAACUUGGCGAACGACGACGACGACGAGGACCACAGCUACGUCCCCUACGAUCAGCGCCCGGAAACCUACAUCGUUCCCGUGGUGUUCCUGUUGAUCCUGGUGGUCGGCGUCACAGGAAACGGGAUCCUCGUGCUCACCCUGCUCCGUCAUGCCAACAUGAGGAACGUGCCGAAUACUUAUGUGCUCUCCCUGGCUCUGGGCGAUCUUCUGGUGAUCGUGACGUGUGUGCCGUUCACGUCGAUCCUCUACACGAUCGAGUCGUGGCCGUGGGGUCUGGCAGUUUGCAAAUUAUCGGAGUGCGCCAAGGAUAUUUCGAUCGGCGUCUCAGUUUUCACUCUGACGGCGUUAUCAGCCGAGAGAUACUGCGCUAUCGUGAAUCCUAUUCGGAGGCACGCAGCCGGAUCGAGCGCGAAGCCAUUAACAAUCCUAACAGCGAGCCUGAUUUGGGUGCUGGCGAUUGUUCUGGCGAUGCCAGCUGCUCUUUUCUCCCACGUGCCGACGGUCCCGUUACAGGGCAACCACAGCAUCCUGAUUUGCAGCCCUUUCCCCGAAGAAUUCGGGGUGAGUUACACACAGGGGAUGGUGCUGUUCAAGUUUCUCGCCUAUUAUGCGAUCCCGCUCUGCGUGAUAGCCGGAUUCUACCUGGUGAUGGCGCGACACCUUGAACUUUCGACCAGAAACAUGCCGGGAGAGAAUUCCUCCAGGAGUCAUCGUAUGCAGCAAAUUAGGGCACGUAAAAAGGUCGGCAAGAUGGUGAUCUCGUUCGUGAUCAUCUUCGUCGUCUGCUUCCUGCCGUAUCACACGUUCAUGCUGUGGUUCCACUUCUGCCCGUCGUCCCAGUCGGACUACGACGACUUCUGGCACGCCUUCAGGAUCAUCGGAUUCUGCCUGAGCUUCGUCAACAGCUGCGUGAACCCGAUAGCUCUGUACUUCGUCAGCGGGACCUUCCGCAAGAGAUUUAACGAGUACCUGUGCUGUCGACUGUCAUCGAGGACCCUGGGCGUCUGUCGGACCGGGACCACGGGCAGUUUGGAGAGGAACGGCAACCGUUUGACGCGGAGAACGCGCCUCGGCGGUCAGGACAGCCACUACGAAACCAGUUUCGGCUCCACGAUCCGGAGACACACGCAGGAACUGAAUUCAACGGCUCUGUACGAGCUAGCCAGCGAGGCCGCUGCCAAAGACUUGCCCGGCGAUUUAGAUUGUAAGUAAUCGAUGACAAUGAUUAAUGGGCGCGGCGUCAUCGUCGGUGUUCGCAGGAAACCGGGGACCACCAGCACACCCAUGGUCGAACGACGUUCGCGUGGCUGCAGGAAUGUAUCAUAAACGAUGUGUAAAUCGCGGACCGCUGUGCGAUCUAGAGCGUCCUCAGCAUCCCCCGGACAUCCUUCUGUGAUCCACGCAUAACUGAUCGACGAUCGCUCCUCUGUACAGCUUCGAUCCCGUCGGGGACUCUGCUCACACUUUCGUCAUCCUAAAACGCGACGUUUUCGAAGAUGGUACUACGAUCGUAGAGUCGUCGGAGAGAUCUCUUCGGUGUAGUGGUGCUUAGAAAUACGUCGUUCUCAUGGACUAUUCUUCGUCUAGACUAUCAAGGACUCUCUUACCGAAACGCAUUGUUUCCUUCAUCCAAAGUAUCGCGAAGUCUCCUAUUGUACUGUGCAGAACACAAUAAAGUCUCGCCAGAGAAAUAGGGAAAUGACGAACUGUUUUCUUAGGCUGUUUCUGUAGAGGAAUCCGGUGCCAUUCGCGUUGCGGUGAUUGACCAUCUUCCGACCAGAGUUAGUACCUUUAUAACUACAAGAGUUGUUCCUAUUUUAACAAUAAUUAUUAUUCCAUUAUUUUAUUUACUAUCGAAGUCCAUCGUAUCCAUCGAAUUGUUUUUCCAAAGUUUGGGUCGGUGUGGAUCUAUGCGCAAUACAGACAUCCAAAUUGUUUCCAUGACAAAAGAUAUAAUAUUUUGCGAUGUGUUACACGAAAUAAUGAGAUGCGAGAAAUGAAUUAAUGGGAACGGGACAAACAAUGUUAAAAAAUAAUUUCUUCUGAUAUUUUUUUAAUAAAUAGGUUUCGUUUCACUUGCUGUUUAAUUUCAUUUAAUUGCGUUGCCAGAAUGUAGUUACAACAAUAUCAACAAUAAAUUUAAAUACAAUUAA